AUGUAUUAUGAGUUUUUUAUCCAAUCGCUAAACAAACAAAAAAAAUAUGAUUAUAAUUCAACUAAUGAUCAACAAACAAUUUCAGAUGAAAAUUUAAUCUAUCCAUGUUAUCAAGUUCAACGACUUGAUGAACUUGCUGUUUCAAUGGAUUUUCCACAUGAUUAUGAAUCAACAGCAAAUUGGUCUAAUCAAAAAGUUCAAUAUGAACAUAUACAACCAAUAAAAAACGUUCGAUUUAAAGCUAACCCAACGUGGAUUCCAUAUUCAAAAAAUAAUAUAGAAAAUCCUUCUAUUCCA